AUCCAGGCAGACCCGCCGGGACUCUUGCGCGUGCGCAGGAGAAGAUGAAGCUUUUGGAGAAAUUGCCGGAGGCCGAGGCGGCGAAGUUCCUUCACAAGGUCGUCGAUGGGCUGUGUGGCUACGCUUUCCCUCGGCACCAGGACUAUAACACUAUUUGGGACUUAAGAGAAUGGAUGGAGGCUCUAGAACAAACGGCCUCGUACUUCAGGAAAACCGUUGGAAAAGACCUUUCUGAUGAAGAGGCUGCUCGGCCAUUGGCUGAGUUAAAUCCCGACACUCAAAAAGCAAUGCUGGCUUGUUUGAAAGGCAGGAAACCCGAUAUCAGGCAAGCCCUGAUUGGAAAAACAAAUGCUAUUUGUUCCUCCCAGCUCUUGAAUUUUGACUGGCAACUCAAGCUUGCGCUUUCUAGCGAUAAGUUGUCCAUGCUCCAGAUGCCGCUUUUAAACCUGGAUCUGGAUUUGUCUAGAGAUGGUGACCUCAAAUAUAUCUCUGUUGAAAUGAAUAAAGAGGAAUUACAGGCUCUCAUAAAUGCCUUGGAAGCAGCAAACAAGGUUGUUUUGCAACUGAAAUGAGCCCAAUCUCGGAAUUUCCCGGUGAUGUUUAUUCUAAAAUGCAAAAGGAUUUUUUUUCCCCCCCUGAACUGCAAAAUUCAACACAUAAACGAAGACGGAGAAUUUUAAUGGCAAGUUUAACAAAGACUCAAACUGCUAAUGGGCAGUAGAUCAAAAUCAGUUAAGUACAUUUAGGCUAAAUGCCCAAAAUGUGUCAUAGAAGAAAGCUUGGACUGUUGCAGUAUAUCUGAAAAGUUUUGACGGUGCUGAAAAUUCACUCGAAUUCAUAGGAACAUCAGCAAACAUUGUGUCAAAUUAUUCGGCGCAAAAGAAAAAGAAUUUUUUUUCCCCAAUUUGCUUUGGAUUUGUUAAAACAAUUACGUACGUUGACUACCAUCUGACUGUCAGAUUUGAAAUGAAAUAAUUCAUUUCUAACCUGCCUAAGAACCAUGUUUUCUAGUAGAAAUGUUUUCUAUCUACAAAUAAAAGGGAGCAUCUCCACUUAAGAACAUCAGUUUAAAAGCGACAUUAGGAACACUCCCAUUCAUGUCAAGUGGGCUUACAACAUUAGAGUAAAUACUUGUAGGUGGGGAAAAAAUCAAUAAAUGUUUUUAAAACUGA